AUCUUCCCAACUCAGAAAGGGCAGUUUUGAAAUUUUAAUUUCUCUGUUUGGAGAAUUACGGAGCAUGCCAUCAAUGGCAGACCUCAAGGAGCGGCUGCUUCCGCCCAAACCAGCGUCGGCGGUCAACCUUAGAGAUCAUGGUUUCCGGUCGUCAGGCUCUUCACGUCACACUUUUCAGGGAAUGGAUGCCUUGAAGAAGCGGGGGCAAGGUCUUCGAUCUUGGAUUCGAGUUGAUGCCACUGGAAACUCUCAAGUUAUUGAAGUCGACAAGUUUAGCAUGAUGCGUCGUUGCGAUCUUCCUGCGCGUGAUCUACGCCUCCUCGAUCCUCUGUUUGUUUAUCCAUCAACGAUUCUCGGUAGAGAGAAGGCUAUCGUGGUCAAUUUGGAGCAGAUAAGGUGCAUCAUCACCGCUGAUGAGGUACUCCUCUUAAAUUCCCUCGACAGUUACGUUCUACAGUAUGUGGUUGAGCUGCAAAAACGGCUGACAACGACUGGAGUCGGUGAUGUCUGGCAAUCAGACGCGGCUGAUUCGAACCGGAGACGAAGUAGGAAUUUUGACAAUGUUUUCGGGAACACAUCCCCUGAUUAUUUACCCUUUGAGUUUAGGGCUCUUGAAGUUGCUUUGGAAGCUGCUUGCACAUUUCUUGAUUCACAGGUGCGUAUAAGAGAGGAUUUAAUUAUUAUUAUAUGUGUUUUUGAUGGGGUGGCUGACUAAUGAUGAAUUGAUUAAACUGGUUAGUACUACCUUCAUUAUAGACUUGGAAUUAUUCAGGCAAAUGAAAUGGGAUUAUAGUCAUUAUGAUGCCAGUGUUAAGCUGUGCAGACAUUGAAACGCCAUUAUGAACUGCAUUUUUUCUCUCUAACUCUGUAUUUUUGUGAUUCAUCACAUGGGCAAUUUGGAGUGAGUAUUAUCUGUUUAUAGACUUGGGAUGGAUGCAACUCCAAAAUAUUAAUUCUAGAAAUAGAAUAGUAGUAUUCCACUAUCCAGCUUUGUUGUAGAUGGAGUUGAAUUGUCUGCUUGAUUGACUAUUGAGCUUUUUAGGCAUGAUGCUUCUGUCAUUUUGGGAUGUUCCAUGUUAUAUUCAUUGCCCCAAAAAUGAAAAUCCGUAUUAGUGAAUUAAAACAUAAAAGACUGUCUUCUAAGGCCCCUGAAAUACAGCCAUGUAAAUAAAGCACCUUACUUAAA